AUGGGACUCCCAACGGAAUGGUGGGGUGGAUAUAUAUUCACUGUGCACGAAAUCCUUUGGUGGGCGAAGCAAUCCCACCUCGACUACCCUUCAGACCCUGCUGAAGUUGUGCGAACGCUUGCACGCAAUUGGCGGGACCUGACAGUCGAGGCGAUGGUGGCAGGCGGCGUCGAUGUCAUCUUCGUUCGAACGCAUUACAGGUGGAAAGCAAUCAAGCCACAAAAUACACCGGAAGAGAUCAAGAGUAGCUGGGGCCCUUUCGACACUGAAACUAGUUUCCCCGAAUUCUUCCAGACAUCUCUGUGCAAUGAUGCACUCGAUGGAAUACUCAAAGUCAAGUUCCGCCUCGAGGUCAGCGGGCUUUACGCUCCAACCUUCGCUUGGGUCAAUUUCAUUGAAGGGCCUACUCUCGCCGGAGUCAGGACACGUUCUGGACGAGCUAGUGCUGUGGGCUCUGCCAUGCGUGUGGCCUUCGUUUAUGGAUCAGGCUGGGAAUGUCUUUUCAGGCAGGACGAGCCAGACAAGAGCAUCCUUGCCAAACAAGCGGCAUUCUACGAGGACGCCAUGGAUAUUCUGUCGGAUUCCUGGUCUAUGCCUGCCGACUGGUGA